AUGGAUAUUCUUAGGUUAGACAUCCCCGAUAGAUUAAGUCUUUUUAAGCUUCCUCCAACUUCUAAUUCAAAAGGAUACUACUUUGGUGAUUGGAAAGAAUAAAUCUGGGAAGGUGGUUUGAAAUUAUAUGAAUCAAAUGAUAGAAUGGUCAUUAGAUUCUAUAAAGAUGGAAAGCUACACAUUGAAUUAAUUGUUCCAGAAAAUUAUGAAGAAGCAAUUGUUAAAUGCGAAGAUAGCGUAAGAGGGUUUGCAAUUAGAUUUAACAAUCCUAACGGCGGUUAUACUUGGAUGGGUUUGGGUUUCAGAGAUAGAAAUACUGCAUUCGAUUUUAGAUCUCGUAUUAUCGAUUUUUACGAAAGAAAAACUGAUGACUAAAGUAUCUAAUAAGUUGAUGUCAAGCCUUCAGAAGAUUUUUCACUAAAAAAAGGAGAAAAAAUAUCUUUCUCUUUAGGAGGAUCAAAGUCUGACUAAAGCUAAAAUAAAUAACAAUAGCAAUUGUCUUUUACAGGAAAUUUUAUGUUUGAUAUGCCUAAUUCAUCUAGUAGUAAUCAAAGCCAAUCCUAAAAUGCGUUUAAUAAUAACAGCAACAACAAUAACAGUAAUAAUAACAACAAUAAAGGAAAUAAUUGGGAUAACUGGAAUUUUGGAAGUGGUUUUUCAGAUUUUUCAAAUUUUGGAAAUUCUUAGCCUUAGCAAAAUUAGCAACAAUAACAAUAACAAUGGGGUUUUAAUGGAAAUCAAUAGUUUUGGGGAUUCGAUAAUUAGAACAACAACAAUAACAAUAAUAAUUUCAACAACAAUAACAAUAAUAACAACGUUUAAUAAUGGGCGUUUGAAGGCCAUCCUUAGUAACAGUAAUAGCAGCAAUACCAAUAACAAUAGUAUCAACAAAAUUAGUAAUAACAAUAUAACUAAAAUACAUAAUAAAACUACUAAUAUAAUCAAUAGCAAAAUACCAAUACUACUCAUCAACCUGCAAAAAAUGUAGAUCUUUUAGAUUUAAUUUGA